CUGAAACCUAGGAGAGGAUGAAGACUCUGGUAUUUUUACUCUUGGUUUUGACGCAGUGGACAAGAGCCGCUCCUGUGAAAGACGAUGGCGACUCGUCCUUGAUGUAUCGAUGUAACUGCGGAUCACCUGUUCAGCCUAUUCCUCCAGCAGUAAUUCCAGUUCCACACCCUAGUCACAUUGACAUUCCACCUAAUUGGCAUCCGGGUCCCUCUUUUUGGUAUCCCCAUCCACACAGUUUGCUUCCGAUUCCACAUCCGCCUGUAAUUGCUCCUGUUCCGCUACCGCAUCCACUUCCGCAUCCACAUCCGCCUGUAAUUGCUCCUGUUCCGCUACCGCAUCCACUUCCACCUCCACCCCCACCCCCACCCAGUCGGACUAGAUGUGUUUGCACUUAUGACUAACGUUGUGGCGGCGACGGCGGCGGCGUUUGAAAUUGUGGAAACCAAAAUUAGCCUAUUCGCCAUCGAAUCCCUUUCCGUUUCAAGAAAUUCGUACGCCGUCGUUACAAGGGCAAUUGCUGAAACCGCUAAAGUAAUCAAAAGAAGAGAGAAAAAUUAUGCAUAUGAAAAUAAAUACCAUUUUCUCUCUAUAUAUAACAUAAUGUUGGUCCAAUAAACAGCAAAAAUUUA